ACCUUUCGUUCAGUGUCCUAGCACGUCGCACUAUUUACCUUGUCACGGUGAUAAUCGCACAUUGACGAGAAUACUCGUACAAAAGCUAAUGUGUCGUCUGUUAUAGAUUAGAAUGUAGGUGAUUAAGACUGUGAACACUUUACCUAUUCAGCGAGUUACUCCACCUUACCCUCCAAACGAUAUCGGGACGAAUACGUUUUGCCCAUUUGAGCGUAUUAUAAAAUACCGGUCAAUACUCUUCAUGACAGAGGACAAACUGUGAAAAGUCCCGCGACAUACUUUAACCGGCCUUCAGAAGUCUGGAGUUAUCGAACGAGUGGACAAAACAAGGUUGUUUCUGGUGUACUUUUCAUUAGUUCUAUGUAGGAGGAAGCUAUAGGGUCCCGGAGUGGUGUGUAUUCAGUGGACGUAGAACUCGUGCCGUGUAAGUCUUGGCCUGCUGGCAUGUGUAAACACGGAGCCGUUGGAACACUUACAUUGUCGAAAGCAACGGUGACGUAUAUAUGCACUGAAGAAGUAGAAGAUUUCGAGCCGAGUGAAAAAACCCUUAUUCUAGCAGAACCGGUGUGUACAUUUGUAUGCGUGAGCCGACACACUAGGGAAAAUUUGAACUUGUGUAUAUGUAAAUGUAUCCAUACACUCGUGCCUACAUGCCUAGAGGUAUACACCGUAUAGACUUAAAAUUCGUGUUGACAAUAUCAGAGAGGUCAGUCGAGAAACAGACCACGGUUACCGACCGGCUGUUUAACCACGGACUCGCUCCUCCGAACAAGAAAUCGAUCCGUGUUCCUACUCCAAACAAAUGGGUAUCUGUAAACGGCCCGGAUAGGUUAACAAACGCCCCAUGGAGUGCUUCAAUGGGCGAUUUUCAAGAGCUACUGGAGAAACUAUUGGAUCAUGAAAAGGACAUAUUGUUGUAUUGCUUUCACUUCUGUUACCAACUGUAUUAGGGGUUGAUCGAGACGGCGGAACUGUUAGUACAUUACGGAAAGUGACCGUUAAUGUUUUUUACCUGAUGCAUUGUGUUACCUGGAUCUCAUUAGAUUUCUACAGUAAAGAUAAUGACACUUUAACUGGUGGAAAUGAGUAGGAAUGGUUUUCAUUGAUGCUAAAACUUUGGGAUAUACGGGCUACGUCAAUGAGCGGGAUAUACAAUAGCUUAUAUCUGGACAGGUGUGAAAGCCAGCAGAAUGACAGAUAUAUCUCCUGAUCUCGUAUCCCAGUUCCUUCAAGAGAAUCCGGAGUUUCUUGACAACUAUGUCUUGAAUAACGUAGACGAGACUCGUGUCCAGGAAUGGUCACUACGCAAAACCAGGUCACCGCGCCUGCCUCGCCAGACGUGGCACCUCACCAAUGGUGAUAACAGAGAACAUUUCCGGGACCCACAAAUCUCACAGAGCAAAAGCCGAUGGACGACAACGGUGCAAUCAAACAAAUGGAAAGUGCUACAUAAGCUGACAAAGGACUUUAACCUACAUACGAGCCGCUCUGAGAUCCUUACAGAACUAUCCACAUGUGCUAAAAAUUGUGUAAAUGCCGAUGGCUUCAACUUAUACCUAACAGAUGAACAAAAGCAGUUGCGAUACCACACCUCAUAUCCCACAGGGAGAGUGCGAUCCUCGUCGUUUGUUGGGCGGACAAAGACCGGGAUGUCACUUCCAGAUUUCGUGGUAUUAACGCGAGAAACCAUCAGACUUACAGAACUACAACAGGACCCACGGUAUCCAAAGGGACUCGGGGUGAGGACGGACAACGCUCAAUCUGUGAUAGUGGUACCCAUCCUAGACGGCAAGGAGGGGAUCAUGGGGGUGAUAGAAAUGUUUAGAUAUUACGGAAAUAUACCUUUUAGCUCAGAAGAUGAAGAGGUCGCGGCUUCCCUGUUAGUAUGGGCCGACAUGUUUGUGGAGUAUGUCGAGCUGUAUAACAGUAUGGCGAAACAACGGAAACUCAACGACUUCCUUCUGGCCGUUACAAAGUCAAUAUUCCAAGAUAUCGUCAGCAUGGACACGGUUAUAAUGAAGAUCAUGAAUUACGCAAAAAAACUCGGAAAUGCCGAUAGAGCAUCGCUGUUCUUGCUUGACUCCAACACAAACGAGUUGUACGCAAGAAUAUUUGAUACAGGAAAGGCAGACGAGAAAGUUCCUCAGAAAGAAAUCAGGUUUCCGAUGGAUAAAGGAGUAGCCGGUUUUGUAGCUACGACCGGAAGUAUACUUAAUAUCGCUGAUGCAUACAACGAUUCCCGGUUUAACAGGGAUGUCGAUCAGCAGACUGGGUACCGGACCAGCAGUAUUCUCUGCAUGCCAAUAUAUAUACGGGGCAGCAUUAUUGGUGUGGUACAGAUGGUUAACAAGAUAGACGGGAAUUUCAACAGGGCCGACGAGGAAUCGUUCGAAACUUUCGCUAUCUAUUGCGGGUUAGCUCUGCAUCAUGCCAAGCUGUACGAUAAGAUCCGUCGAUCUGAACAGAAGUUCAAGGUCGCCUUAGAUGUGCUUUCAUACCACAGCCAGGGAAGUGAAGAUGAGUAUGCAGCGGUCAAGUCCAUCACCAUACCAAUGGAACUUCCGGAAAUUAUCGAUUUUGACUUCUCUCCAUGGUCAGUCACCAAUGACCACAAGCCCGUGUAUGUGCUCUACAUGAUCAAAGAUAUAUUCGAAGGCACGCGUGGAGGAGAAAAUGAGAAAAGGUACGACAUCAAUGACAUCGUGCGGUUUACAUUGACCGUGCGUAAGAACUACCGCAAUGUUCCUUACCACAACUGGGCACACGCCUUCUCUGUAGCCCAUGCUAUGUUCACGGUGCUCAAAACAGCCAAACAUGAGUUCUCUCCCUUUGAGAGUCUCGCGUUGUUUGUGGCAUGUCUUUGUCAUGACCUUGACCACCGAGGAAAAACGAACGCUUUUAUGGUAAAGAGUGCGUCUCCAUUAGCAUCCAUUUACUCUACCUCAACAAUGGAGCACCACCACUUCAACCAUACAAUCACCAUACUGCAGAAUGAAGGUCACAACAUUUUCAAACACUUAUCUUCUGAAGAGUACAAACACAUGCUUGGAGACAUCCGUCAUUGUAUCUUAGCAACGGAUCUUGCGAUAUUUUUUACCAACCGUGCUCGCCUUCAGGAAAUAGCAGAUCGGGAUGAAUUCGUGUGGGAUAACAGGGAACACAGACGACUCCUCAUGGCCAACUGCAUGACCGCCUGUGAUCUGUGUUCUAUGUACAAACCAUGGGGCGUCCAGCUUGACCUCGUCUACGUCAUCAUGGAGGAAUUCUGGCAGCAGGGUGAUGAGGAGAGGUCACAGGGAAUGACCCCUAUGCCGAUGAUGGACAGACAGAAGCAGGACGAGCUCCCUCACUUAGAGGUCGGAUUUCUAGUUGGGAUUUGUCUCCCCUGCUACGAAUUAAUGGGCAAGAUCCUUCCGGAAACUAUGCCAAUGGCAAAUGGUGCAAAAGACAAUCUUAGAAGAUGGAAGGAACUGGCAGAGCAACAGAAACCAGAAAAUCAACCGACAGGAGAAAAUACUUCGAAAUCUCAAGACAAAGAUGAAAAAGUGUCAGACUCUUCAGAAAAAGAAAACAAUGAGAAAGACAAAGAGGAGACGACUUGUGUAACUGAUUCUAAGGAUAGUGAAAUGGGAUCGACGACAGAGAACGAAUCUGAAACUGACUCGAAAACAAACUUAGAUAAAACAUUGGUUGGUAAUAAGGACUACAGCGAAACGGAAAAAGAUUUAGAAACAGAAAAAACAUCAAGCAUUAGUUAACAUAACGAUGAGAAGUUGAAGGAAAUAGUGCUAUAUGUUGUGUUUUAUAAUCUCAGCAAGCCGAACGAAAGGGACAGCUUUAGUGUGAGAACGAUGAACACUAGCGAUUAGAUACACAGUACCUCUUGUGGCAAAUCAUAAUAUAUUUAGUUGAUGAUGACGUAAGCAUUUCGUUAUCAUUGCAUUCUUUUUUUUUAUAUUUUUGAAUCUACGUAUGACAUUAUAAAAGGGGUUGGAGAGGGAGAGAGAAAGGGGGAGGGGGGGGGGUUAUAAGGUUGUAAAUUUCUUAAAUAGUGAUUGAACGGUAGCUUAUACUACAAUUUUAAAUGUAUAUCAUUCGAUUUGCAUACGAACUGAUACCGAUAUAUAUUUGCUUGUCGUUUUCGCCAAAAAUCUGUCUGCAUCAAACUUCAUGAUCAUUAGCAUUUUCAUAUGCAAUUGUAAAAAUAACUUAAUUAAAACAAUUGAAUUAUCAUUGAGGUAAACUAUAGAAUGUUUCUUUUUUCUAUUUUCUAUUUGUCAGUAAGUAAAAACGUAGAAGGCUUAUGCAUUGAAAUAUAUAUAUAUAACAUCAUUGCGACAAUGCUAACCAUUCUAGUAUAGCACUUCAAUAACAGCUGUUGUCAUAGCAUUAUAACACGUGAACAGCCCUACUGUUGUGAAUUAUCAUUAUAACACUUGAACAGCCCUACUGGUGUGAUUUAUCAUUAUAACUCGUGAACAGCCCUACAGUUGUGAUUUAUCAUUAAAACACGUGAACAGCCCUCCUGUUGUGAUUUAUCAAUAUAACAC